ACCGAGGCUUCUUUCAGCGAGUCUUCUUCGAGAAGCUCCCCUUUUAGCCAGCAGUGCUCCACCUGCUGUGAAGGCCGUGGCAUGAGCCUGUUUGGCAGGAAGGCGCUGACGUUGCUGAGCAGCGUGUUCGCUGUUUGCGGCCUCGGUCUGCUGGGGAUCGCCGUGAGCACCGACUACUGGCUCUACCUGGAAGAAGGAGUCAUCCUUCCCCUCAACCAGAGCACGGAGAUACGCAUGUCCCUCCACUCGGGGCUGUGGAGGGUCUGCUUCUUAGCCGGGGAUGAGAAAGGACGGUGCUUUACCAUCGAGUAUGUGAUGCCCACUAACGUCCAGAUGACUUCCGAGUCCACUGUUAGUGUGUUGAAAAUGAUUCGAUCUGCCACGCCCUUUCCUCUGGUCAGCCUCUUCUUCAUGUUCAUCGGAUUCGUGCUCAGUAACAUCGGCCACAUCCGACCACAUCACACCAUACUGGCCUUCGUCUCUGGAAUCUUCUUCAUCCUGUCAGGCCUGUCCCUGGUUGUCGGACUGGUGUUGUACAUCUCCAACAUUAACGACGAGAUGUUGAACAGGACCAAAACUAAUGAGGCUUACUUCAGCUACAAAUACGGCUGGUCCUUUGCCUUUGCUGCCAUCUCCUUCCUGCUCACAGAGACGGCGGGCGUCAUGUCAGUGUACUUGUUCAUGAAGCGCUACACUGCAGAGGAGAUGUACAGACCCCAUCAGGGCUUCUACCGGCCUCGCCUCAGCAACUGCUCAGAUUACUCCGGUCAGUUCCUCCACCCGGACGCCUGGGCGGGACGCGGCCGCAGCCCCUCCUCCAUCUCCUCCGAGGCCUCCCUGCAGAUGAACUCCUCACACUACCCCGCCCUCCUCAAGUGCCCGGAGUACGAACAGAUGUCCUCGUCGCCGUGCUGAGGCCAGAAGGUCACUUGGGUCUGCCGAGAUUUCAGCACGAUGUUGUCU